AGCGCCCUGAGACUAGCAGAGGCAGCCAAAUAUUUGACAAACUAGCAAUCGUUGGCUAGCCAGCUUGGAGUUUAAAUAAUACAUCGAUACAAAAAAAAAACUAUAUUUACUUACACUUGGGCCGCUAACGUUUAUGCUAAGGACUUAGGUUUCCGUUUAAAGAGGAUGUCAACUCCAGCAAGACGACGUUUAAUGAGAGAUUUUAAACGGCUGCAAGAGGAUCCUCCAGCUGGAGUUAGCGGGGCCCCAUCAGAAAACAAUAUCAUGGUAUGGAACGCAGUCAUUUUUGGCCCAGAGGGAACACCUUUUGAAGAUGGAACCUUCAAACUUACCAUUGAAUUCACAGAGGAAUAUCCAAAUAAACCUCCAACAGUGCGAUUUGUCUCCAAAAUGUUUCAUCCGAAUGUGUACGCAGAUGGCAGCAUAUGCUUAGAUAUACUUCAGAAUCGUUGGAGUCCAACCUAUGAUGUGUCUUCAAUCUUAACUUCAAUACAGUCUUUACUGGAUGAGCCAAACCCAAACAGUCCAGCCAACAGCCAAGCAGCCCAGCUGUACCAGGAAAACAAGCGGGAGUACGAGAAGAGGGUUUCUGCUAUUGUUGAACAGAGUUGGCGCGACUGUUGACCCCUGUUAUUGUUCGAGUAAGGACAGUGUCCAGCCCAGAAUCAAGAAACCACUGAUCAAGAAAAACAACUGAUCUCACAGAAAUAAAACAACACUUCUUUAAAAAUC